CUCCCCCCAGCCAUGGCGGCGCCGCGCGGCGUGAUCCGGGCCCUGCACCGCGGGACCCUCACCCAGAAUAGUGGCAUGGAUCGAAUUUUCUCUGGUAUUCAACCAACUGGGAAGCUCCACCUUGGCAACUACUUUGGAGCCAUCCAGAACUGGGUGAGGCUUCAGGAAGAGUACAACUCUGUGUUAUACAGUAUUGUAGAUCUGCACGCUCUCACAGUACCACGGGAGCCAGCAGACUUCCGUCAGAGCAUCUUGGAUACCACUGCCACUCUCCUCGCCUGUGGUAUCAAUCCAGAGAAGUGCCUCCUUUUUCAGCAGUCACAGGUGCCUGAACAUGCAGAACUCGGUUGGAUUCUUGGGUGCUUAACUAGUAUGCCACGUAUACAAAGCUUUCCGCAGUGGAAGGUAAAGAAUGCCAGCCAGAAUUAUGAAGGAACCGUUGGUCUGUUCACAUACCCUGUGCUUCAAGCUGCAGAUAUUCUGCUGUACAAGUCAACACAUGUUCCUGUUGGAGAAGAUCAAGUCCUGCACCUGGAACUGGCUCGAGAUAUAGCACAACACUUUAACAAGAAAUAUGGAAACUUCUUUCCUGUGCCCAAAGCCAUUUUAAGUACAACAAAGAAGAUAAAGUCUCUCAGGGAUCCAACAGCCAAGAUGUCCAAGUCAGACCCUCAGAAGUUAGGCACACUCAACAUCACAGACAGUCCAGAGGAGAUUGUUCUGAAAUUCCGCAAGGCUGUGACUGACUUCACCUCUGAGGUGACCUAUGACCCAGACUCUCGUCCUGGUGUCUCCAAUCUAGUGACCAUUCAUGCUGCAGUAACAGGACUCAGCAUAAAGGAAGUGGUGCACCAGUGUGUUGGUCUUGACACUGCUCACUACAAAGGGAUAGUGGCAGAGGCAGUUAUUCAGAAAUUUGCACCAAUCAGGAACGAAAUUAAGAGGCUCCAGGAGGACAAAUCUCACUUGGAGAAGGUUUUACAGGCUGGAGCAGAGAAAGCCAAAGAACUAGCUUCCCCUGUGUAUCAAGAAAUAAGGAGAUUAGUGGGGUUUCAAUAGAACCUACUGAAUAGUUUAAAAUUAUCUUAUUUCCUGAGAUAGCUCUUGUUCAUCAUCUCCCAUCUCAGAGUCUGAGAGAGAAUUUUCUUUGUCCUGGAAAAUCAGACAAAAACAAUCAGAGAUGAUUUUUCCAUGUGAUUAUGACACCAUCCAAUGGGACCAGCAUCAAGCCAUUCUGGAUGGCCAAAGGAAGGCACAGACACACAAUUUCCAAAGAAACUCACAAAACCAGAACAGUGAAGCUGACCAAUUUAACUGCCUGUUUUCAUAGAGCAACAUAAAAAGUUGAAAUAGAAGACACGGUCGUUGGGAUGUCAGAGUUGCUGCAUUCCUGAUUGCUCCAGCAGGAGAGGAAGUCACAAGCUUCAUAAAAUCCUCCCCUAUUACACACACAACCCCACAGAGAAAGACAACUGUUUCAUAAACUCUGAUGACAGUUACACUGUGCUGAAUGUGAUGGCAGAAUGUGCUUCUGGAUAACCAGAAUAAAAAUACAUACUAGAGACCUGGAAUGCCCAGGACAUUGGUAAUGGGAAAGAGAGUCUUUCACCUCUAAAUCCCCAGUUCAAAUGCAGCCUAGUUUGGUAAUGACAGCUAGUCUGUAUGAAAUAAGUUGGGCUCUUAGUCCGUUUCCUGAUAUACAAAUGUCCAUAUUACAGAAACCACCAUGACCAUUGAAACUCUGCUUCUUUUUGGCAGUCUCAGUAAAGAAUUCAUGGAGUGAAUGGAACCUGUACUCUCUACCCUGAACUCCCCUCUCACUUCUAGGUCAUCUUAGUAGGUCAGGAUUAAGAUCCAUUGGCAGGGGACUGUCUGUGUUGGGAAACUUGCUCUGCAGCUGUCCAUUCUGCAGCUAUUCUGUAGAGAAGUAAAGGCUCGAGCACUGUCAGUCCAGCACCAACUACAGGAUUCAUUUUAGAAUCUCUGUC